UAUAUGCACGACACGAUUACUGAUUAUAAUUUUAUUUCCGAUGUAAACAAAAUUUCAACAACAACAUCUCACAGUUCAAAGUAUACAUGAGAUUUCAAAUGAGAACAGUAGGGAAAUAGUCGUAAUAUCAGAUAGAUGGUACAAUUUUUGACAGUAAUAAUAAGAUAUAUUUUUACAAUGAAAACUACGAAAAAGCACAGAUUUGGCAGUCAAUAUGACAAAAUACGCCACAAAUGCGACAAGUACGGUAAGAUCUUUCCUUUUAAAUGUAAUUUGAACAAUCACGUAAAUUUAGUUCAUUUGAAAAUUAAAAGUCACGUGUGUGAGACGUAUGGAAAGUGUUUUGGAUACAAAAGAGUCUUGGAAGAACACAUUGCCGCAGUUCAUGAAAAAAUCAAAGAUCACAAAUGCAAAGAGUGUGGGCCACUUUUCGGCCACGGAAGUAGUCUUAUGAGACACAUAGAUACAGUUCAUUUGAAACUCAAAGAACACAUGUGCAAAAAAUGUGACAGAUCCUUUGGACAAAUAAGUAAUCUGACGCAGCACAUAGAUCAAGUUCAUUUUGGAAUCAGAGAAUACCUGUGCGAAGAAUGUGGAAAAGCUUUUGCAUAAAAAAAUAACCUGAUAAAGCACAUAGAUACAGUUCAUUUGAAACUCAAAGAGUACAUGUGCCAAAAAUGUGGGAAAGCUUUUGGUCAUAAACGAGUCUUAAAUAGACACGUUGCCACAAUUCAUGAUAAAAUUCAAGAUCACACAAAUGCAAAGAACGUGGUAAAUCUUGUGCACUAAAUAGUAAUCUGAUGAAACCUUUAGAUGCAGUUCAUUUAAAAUUUAAAUAACACUUGUGUGGAUUAUGUGGAAGAGCUUUCAGUUUUAAAAGUUUCUUGAAUAAACAUAUUGCCGUAUUCCAUAAGAAAAUCAAAGAUCACAACUGUGAAGAAUGCUAUGGUAGUCAAAAGAAUGAUUUGAAAAAACACAUAAAAUUGAUACAUCGAGUAUCCGAAUUUACGCGUGAAAACUAGUGUAAAAUGUACUUCGACUUGAGCGCAGUCUGGUAACGGAUAAUGCACGAUCGACAACGAGUUAUUUUUUCUAAUGCCAAUGUUUCAUUUCAUGACUCAUAUUUUUUAAUCAAAAUAUGCAAAACUAAUAACUUUUCUGAAGGAUCAUAUCAAUAUUUUUAUUUUUCUAAAAAUAAUGAUAAAUAAUAAUUCUACUUUAUA